AUGCCGACGAGGUGGUUGUCCAUUCGCAAACGGAAUCCUCUUCUUCACAACGAGCCGACUGCUGAACCGACUGCGAAGCAGCAGGAAUUUGAUUUUGCCUUUGGGGAAUCGCCUUCAGCUGGCCAGAGUGCUUCAGGCAGGAUCGUCGGGCCCAGGCUGGUUCAGAUUCGUCCAACGACCUCCGGUAGCCCAACUGGGAAGAGGAAACUGCGUGUUGAGGUUCCAGCAAUCCGACCACGGACUUCGGAGAAUCACAAGCCCUCACCUCUCCAGAACGUGAACGGUGUAUCGAGAUCGGAGGACAGCUUGAUAGGUUUGGCGUUUGGCAGUCCGAGCCAUCCUCCAGCUUUUUUCUGCGCUCCUCCGGAGGAACCCAGCACGAUCGAGCACAACACGAUUCUCCGACAGCACCCGGAGAUCCCAGACCACACUGCUCAGAUGCACUCUAAGAGAUGGAGGAAGUUAGGGACUCUGUUCAAAUCCCGACAAGCUGCUGUUAGACGAGACGAGGUUCCGUCAGGACCGACUAUUGGCCUCCCAACCGGCUUCGUGGUUCUGGACAAAGAUCCGGCUACCGAGACGCCCAUAGUCGAAGGAGAUAAACUGCGACCGACACAAUCGGACCACCCCAGACGUCAAGCACCGCCAGCACCCAUCGAAAAGGAUCAGAAGUCUUCGGCUCUGAAGACCGCGGACUUGGUUAUUCAAAAGCCUGAAGACGACACGAUAUCGAGACCUUCGACUGCGACCACGAUGAAUGCUGAGUCCGCGGGGGAGCCGUACACACGUCCGCCUUUACCAAAACUAGAACUAGACAUCUCAUUUAAUCUUCCUGCUGCUAAACGAUCUUCCUCACUUCUCGCCAGACGGAGCAAGGCUCUGGACAGUCUUAAAUCGUUCGAUGACAGUCGGCCUACGACGAAAGGGACUACCACCAACGGCGAGCAUGACGACCAUCCAAAUCCUGACUCGGAGCCUCUCACGCCCCUAAUGCCACCGAGACGAUUGACGACACCGACCAUGACGAGAUCACCGGCAGCAAGCAAAUACUCAUUGUUCCCAACCACUUCUCCUGCGCCAGUGAAGAUCCAUGGCCGAGUGCCCAGCUCGGAUCGUGACCAUCUGCCAGCGGGUCAACUACGAAGGUCAGCUACGUCCCCGGCCCGCCUGUCUCCUAUGCAAGACCAUUUCUCCUCCGUACCAAGGCCGGAACCUCUCAAUCCGAACAAGAUCGCUUUGAACGAGCAGGCGAUUCACAGUCCGGAGGAUAAUACAGCGUCGACGGAUCGCAGCGCGCCUUGGAGCUCUGCUCACUCGUUCCAGUCAUCAGUAUCUUCUGCAACCACUGUUGACGAAAUCUUCUUUGAUAUCAAGUCAUUUCGGGACUCCAAAGGCGUUGAGGAUGGCCAGUUCGUCAUGACCAGACCCGACUCGGCCCAGGUAGAACUGGCUCGAACGCGGUCCAAACGAGUCCCUGCGCCCAGCCACCUGCGGCAUGUGGAAGCCUCAGCAGCGGCAGCAGAUGAGGCCCCUGAGCGAACCACGCCGAUCCCACCGGAGCCGCAGGCAGCAUCUAGCGGCGCCCCGUCUGCAUGGACAACGAAGCACACUUCGAUCAACACUGCCUACUUCGACGAAGCAAUCGCUGCAGUGGAGAGACUCACCACACCAACCGGCAAUGCUGAUUCUGCCAUCGAGAAGGUUCCCAGCAUUCCAACUGUUAUGAUAGCGAAUCAUGAUGAAAAACCGCAUCAGCCGACUCCUAUCGUGACCGUUCAACAUUCACGCCCGUCCGAUCACCAUGCACGGUUGGCCACUAGCAAGACGCACGAAGAAGUCGGCCGCCUGAUUCCUUCUCCGGUGGUCGAAGUGAAAGAAGACGACUCUCCCCGACCGAAUACGUCGCCCGUGAAAGCUUCUGCGACUUCGUCGCCGGUGCAGCAACCACCACAGACGGCGGCUGCCAGAGGCGUAACUCCUCGCGUGGCCGCGAUCAAGCGCGUCGAUCGUCCUAUUGACGAUUCACCCACAAUUCCUCAAGGCCCCCCUAGUCCGAAGAGGACCGCGAAGCAGAUAUCGUCACCAGCGGAGGACGACAAGCCGCCUCCGGUCCCGAAAAAGGACGCAAAGUUCAUCCCUCUGUCCAAAUACGCCGCGAAGAGCACCGUGACGGCCAUCGAGCAACGGUCUGGCGUGACGCCUACCAGACCGGUGCGCGCCAAUACAGAAGACCUGGCCCUACGCUCGGGAGCGUCGCCGCGAGUAUCCAAAGAACGAUCCGCGACGCUGCCGUCGUCGCUCCAGCCUCGUGCUCACGCUCGCGAUGUAGUCCACAAGGCUUCUCUGCGCGGCCUGGAAAAGGCCAUUCCGCCUCGACAACCCAACCCGGUAGCCUCGAAUCCGGUAACCGCCGAGGUCGCGGUGGCGCGCACCGUCUCGCUGUCCCGCAAGCAGUCCGCUCGCAUCCUCGUCCCUGGACCAAAACUCGCUGCCCGCCGCGCCGAAGCUCAAGCUCAAGCGCAGGCACAGACGCAGGCGCAAGCAAAACCCCAGGCACAAGCCUCAUUAUCACAAUCCCGUCUCCAGGUCGCCCCUCAACCACAGCGACACGUGCGCAACCCGUCAAGCACGUCGCAGAAAUCAAACAAAUCACAACACUCGUUCCUAGGCGGCAGCGGGAGCGGCCACAGGCACAAACGCACCGCAUCGUCCACACGCCGCGCCUCCAAGGACCUCAUCGGAGGAGGAGGCAACAAGAACACCACAUCCACGAUCACCAAUACCCUCAAAGUCACCAAGACGCAGCCGUCUGGAGGAACGUUUGGGAAGUUCCUCUGGAGCAGAGAGUCGGAGAAGCAGCUCAUCAAGGAGGCGCGCAAGUGGGAGAUCCUCGAGAAGAAGAGCUACAGUCCCGUCGUCGUGCAGGCUGAGAGGGGCCAUCGGCCUGGCGUUAGUGUUGGCUUGAUCGUGGAAAGCGUGUGA